GCAUAGCCAGCCAAGCAGUGAUAAGCGCCGGCACAGGAUGGAACCAACCGCGCAAAAACCCGCACUUUCCAAACUGCGUCGGAGCAUAGCAAGAAGGCUGGUUCGAGCGAAGCACGCCAAUGCGCAGGCACUUGAUCGAGCGACGCGAAGACAGAAGCGAGUCGGUGGAUCCUCCGCGGAACCAACGGUGUCUGCAGCGCAGGAAUCCAACGAGUCAUGCGAUAAUCCAGAUUCUGGAUUGUCGCAUGACUCAAUGUCGCCGAGAAGCAGUGACUGCGAAUCUAUCUGGUGUAACAACCCUCCCAGCUCAUAGCGAGCGUGUGACGCUGUACUGCAACCUGAGCCACAGUCUAAUCAUGCAGAAGCGUCAUGCCGUUUCAUCUCGAUGAAAUCGGAACUCGACGAAUUGGUAUUCGAGUCCUGCAUGAGAAACUAUUUAGGGUUGGAUUACUUAGUGGCUGUCAACAUGGCCGCGGCCUGAGUAUGUCCUGAUUAGAGCAGGUGAUAUUUACUUACUCCAAAGACCUCCAAGACGGACGCGCAUGAGAGUAUGCCCACGCUACACCUACAUUCAAGCUAAGCAUCACACUUCCUGAGGAGCGUGGCAUGGCAACCAACCUGUGAUGUGGCAUGCCAUCUAGAGAUAGGCAAAGCGUCAGCGUGGCCCUGCCUUUUUAUUGUUAUCACGAGGGGUGUGGAGCUGGGACGUUUUUGCAUUCCAGCAAAUCUUCGGCACCUUCCUCGAUCACGUCCCGGCGCUCGCGAAAGCGACACUCUUUGCAAGAGGGUGGAAAGGAUCGUAGCUCCGCACGGGCGCCAUCAUCUUCCGACCCUGAUGAGUCAGAAUCUUCAGUCUCAUCGAGCGCCUCGUCGCACAAUAGACCUGGCGAACGUCGAAACCGCAUGCAGAAACAGCGAGAAAGAAUCGAGGCGAUGGACCGAGAUCGCGACGCAGCCCGCGAGGCAGCACAGCGCCUCCGAAUGUAUGAUACUGAAUUUUCGCGGUGGAGUGAAAUUUGUCUUGUAAGUUAGUAUGUGCUUGCUCAGUGCACGCCUUCGCGAGAGCAAGAUGGAAAAACCACAUUCGGAGAAGCGACUGCUGCCCCAUGUCAGCUGUUGGUCUGCACAUUUAUAUAUUAGACUACUCGCAGUGGCAGUGCGCUCCUUCGCUCAAUGUAAAUAGAAGUCCGGACAACUACUCUUUUAUUUUUUCCACUUCUGGCUGGAGAUAUGCGAUAGCAACCACACCUGCGCUGCUCUUCAAAGGUAAGGGAGCACGAAGUUUGUAGUAUUCUUGCACAUGCUGGACCCCCCGGACACGGAUCAAGCAAUUUCACUCCCUGGCUAGAUGUCAUGCUUCCAUAUUCCGGAUCAGGCUUUGGAAGACUUCGAUGAGGAAAUGCGGAAGAAAAUGCAGCAAAUGGAAGAAUGGUAUCAAACGCAGUAUGAUGCAGAUAGGAAGAAAAACGCCGAUAUCGAAGAAAGCCUACUACAGAUCAAAAAAGAAAAUGCCCAGAGGAAGCUAGAGGACGCCAAGCUAUGCAUUGCGACGUACUAGGCAAAACCUCGGUCUGCGCAACACAAAUUUGAUGUAUGUGACUAUCGACCCAGUAGCUGGUUUAUGAACAUUAUUGCAUGGUGGCAAAAAAUCGCCGCGACAUUCAGUGACGUAUGUAUGUAAUCCGAGCCGUAAGUUGUUGAAGAGUGCAGUGUUGUAGCUACUGUGAGCAGACUCAAAGGUGUUGCCGUGACGACAUGACUGGCGACCGACGAUCGUGCCGCUUCACCAAAGAAAGCUAUUGAGACGCGAAUGCAAAUGAAAAUAAAUUCCUGUUCUAUUACAAAUCUUUGCUCGAUUUCGUUGGCCGAGAUAUUGAAUUUGCGCUUUGCUGCGAUACACCCAGGAGCAUCUGAUGGAGAAGCAGCACGCUGCGAGCUGCGACGACACUACUGCGGAUGGCAUUGCGACACCAACAGAGCAUAGCCAACCAAGCAGUGAUAAGCGCUGGCGCAGGAUGAAAACAAUCGCACAAAAAACCUACCACACACUUUCCGACCUGCCUCGGAGUAUAGCAACAAGGCUGGGUCGAGCGAAGCCAGUCGGUCCAUCCUCGGCGGAACCAACGUGCGAUAAUCCAGAAGUUGUGGAACAGUUUGCAGGUAUUCAUCAACAGCAGUAUUGUCUCCUUAACCUUGACAGUAAGCUGCCACUUCUGUCUAGCCACGCCAUGGCAAAGAAGAUGCUGAAUGGACAUAAGGCACGAGUGUGGGUCUCGAGUCGCAGAACAAGUGACGCUGAGCAAGGCAUCUCCUACGCUGAUGAAAAACAGCAAGUCUCCCUCCGCGAAAUGUUACGAUCCUGUAACAAGUUUUACCGAUUGGUUGAGCUUGUCUGCAAGGCCUGCGAAUUCACCUUCCGCUUUACCUUCGGAACAGAUUUCGCGCCGGAUGAGGUUUUCCAAAAAAGGCUGUUUGGAUUGCAUGACAAAGAAGCUAGACUCAGAUUCCAAGCCAAUCGACAUAAGUUCCAAGAAGAAGUUUUGGUUUUGUCCGUGGAAAAUUAGCACGCACUUGGAGAAAAUUAAAGGAAUGUCUGGCCUAUGACUAUACAGAAGAUGUAUAUAUCGUCCCGCCACAGAGCUCGCGACGUUUUCUUUCCAUCACGAAGCAAUUUACACUAAAUGGUUGACUUUUGCCGAUUGCAACUAGCGCGAGAAAUUCUUUUGAGUGUCGACACAAAGUAUGUGAAUCAGGACAAGCAAAACGUACUGGCUUAGAAGAAGUUGACGACUUCAGAAGUCCCAUGCAAGAUCCGUCAUGAAAAG